UCUUGGGUCAGAGCAUCAACAGGUGCAUUGACAAUGGCCAGGGUAGAGAUGAUGGCAUCUUUUGACUCAAGAAACCGCUUCAGCAUAUAAAAUGCUGAAUUCCACCUUGUAGUGCAGUCUUGUUUAGGCCUCAGCUCAGGCAUCCCCAUCUGGCAUUUUGUAGACCUUCGUUUUUCAGCACCUACUGUGCUCCUGUGGAAGUAUUCCACAGCUGCUUUCACUUUGUCCACAGUGGGCUUCAUCACUGUCAGAGCACCUCUUACGAUCAGGUUGAUUGUGUGGGCAAGACAUGGAUGAUGUGUCCAGUUGAACAUUUUCAUGGCUUUGGUUAUGUUAGCUGCAUUGUCGUUAACACAACAGACCACUUUUCCAUCUACUUGCCAUUCUCUGGUCACUCUCAACAGUUCCUCUGCCAAUUUCUCUGAGGUGUGUCUGUCGCUAAACUCAAAGCAGUCCAGAAGACAGCUAGACAUCGAAAAAUCUUCAAUGAAGUGACAGGUAACCGACAUGUAAGAAGUGGGUACCCUUGAUGUCCAGCAGUCAGUGGUAAGGCAAACUGCAGUAGGUUUUUGGACUCCUUCCCAUACUGAAGCAUGUGUGCUCUCGUACAGUUGUGGAAUAAGUGAUAUUUGAAAGGGAUUUCCUGCUUGGAAUUGUGUACAUUGGAUUUAGACUAUUGCUAUAAUUUCUAAAACCUCUGUCCUCCACGAUCAAAAAAUGGCUGGAAAUUGGUGGCAAUAAUUUUAGCCUGCUCUUAAAUGCAAGUAAAACUAAAUGCAUGCUCUUCAACCGAUCGCUGCCCGCCCGUCCAGCAUCACUACUCUGGACGGUUCUGACUUAGAAUAUGUGGACAAAUACAUAUACCUAUGUGUCUGGUUAGAAUGUAAACUCUCCUUUCAGACUCACAUUAAGCAUCUCCAAUCCAAAAUGACAUCUAGAAUCUUUAAAUCUAGAAUAUACAGAUUUGGUAAAAGAUCAAGUCCAUAUGACAGCAGGAACAGCUCAAAUAAGCAUAGAGAAACAACAGUCCAUCAUUACUUUAAGACAUGAAGGUCAGUCAAAUCGGACAAUUUCAAGAACUUUCAAAGUUUCUUCAAGUGCAGUCGCAAAAACCAUCAAGCGCUAUGAUGAAACUGGCUCUCAUGAGGACCGCUACAGGAAAGGAAGGCCCAGAGUUAUCUCUGCUGCAGAGGAAAAGUUCAUUAGAUUUAAUUGCACCUCAGAUUGCAGCCCAAAUAAAUGCUUCACAGAGUUCAAGUAACAGACACAUCUCAACAUCAACUGUUCAGAGACUGCAUGAAUCAGGCCUUCAUGGUUGAACUGCUGCAAAUAAACCACUACUAAAGGACACCAAUACUAAUAAGAAUCUUGCUUGGGCCAAGAAACACGAGCAAUGGACAUUAGACCGGUGGGAAUCUGUCCUUUGGUCUGAUGAGUCCAAAUUUGACAUUUUUAGGUCCAACCGCCGUGUCUUUGUGAGACGCAGAGUAGGUGAACGGAUGAUCUCUGCAUUUGUGGUUCCCACCGUGAAGCAUGGAGGAGGAGGUGUGGGGGUGCUUUGCUGGUGACACUGUUAAGUGAUUUAUUUAGAAUUCAAGGCACACUUAACCAGCAUGGCUACCACAGCAUUCUGCAGCGAUACCCCAUCCCAUCUGGUUUGUACUUAGUGUGACUAUCAUUUGUUUUUCAACCGGACAUUGACCCAACACAUCUCCAGGCUGUGUAAGGGCUAUUUGACCAAGAAGGAGAGUGAUGGAGUGCUGCAUCAGAUGACCUGGCAUCCACGAUCUCCUGACCUCAUCCCAAUUGAGAUGGUUUGGGAUGAGUUGGACCGCAGAGUGAAGGAAAAGCAGCCAACAAGUGGUCAGCAUAUUUUGGAAAUCCUUAAAGACUGUUGGAAAAGCAUUCCAGGUAAAGCUGGUUGAGAUAAUUGUUGACCGGGGCACCUCUAGUUGGGUAGAAAUUUGACAAACUGACUUGUGGGAAAGGUGGCAUCCUAUGACAGUGCCACUUUGAAAGUCACUGAGCUCUUCAGUACUGCCAGUGUUUGUCUAUGGAGAUUGCAUGGCGGUGUGCUCAAUUUUAUACACCUGUCAGCAACGUAUGUGGCUGAAAUAGCCGAAUCCGCUAAUUUGAAGGGUUGUCCACAUACUUUUGGUGAUGUCAUGUAGUUUCCGCCGUUGCAAAAAUCGAGGAGUCGAUUCGUUGCAGAAUCGAAGCUUGACAUCCCAGAAAUUGGAGUCGACGGGCAAAGAAUCUAUUAUUUUGGAGUUGACUCCACACCACUAGGUGCUUGUAGGUGGGGCUGAAUUGGACUACUUUUCUCAACUCAUCUUAAGCUUCGAUCUAUGAAUGAGAUUGCUUUAUGGAAAGAAACACCAUGAACACUCCACUACGGAUGUUUGUUCUUCUGACUCUACCCUGCUACAGCGCACAUGGGCAGUUCAAUCCUUUUGGAAUUCCAGUCUCCGUCCAUGCUGGGAAGUUCUACGGCAUGUCUCCCAGAGAUCACAUCUGCGGCGGGGUUAAUUAUAGAAGUCUAGAUUUCACCUGCUGUGAAGGAGUACGGCAUAAAGGGGCGGGGCUGUCCUGCUGUGGAAAAAGGGCCUUCAGCCUCACCCAGGCUUCCUGCUGUACCUAUUCACUUGAACCUGGUCAACUGACUCUGAAUGUAAGCCAGCUGGUGUCAGAUUGCUGUGGGUUGAGGGCCUACGACCCUCUCAACCAACUGUGUUGUGACUCACGGAUCCUGAACAGGACCCAACCCCAUGCCAAGUGUUGUGGAAAAGAGCCUUACGAUGAAGACAACCAGCUUUGCUGUGGAAAUAUUAUUGAAGGAAGGAAGGUCCUGGCCAAAAUGUCCAGUCACCACCGAUGCUGUGGAGACCACCAGUUUAACCAGCAAAGCCACUGCUGCUGCUCUGAAACACUAUCCCCAGAGCCUCUCAAUGCAAGCUGCUGUGCAUCAUCAAGUUCUAAUUACAGGGGAAAUGACGCAAGUUCUCCAAACUGUAUGCCAGGGGAGAGGCCCUGUGGUCGAGGUGCCUGUUUUAACCCAACAACAGAGGGUUGCUGUGAGAACCCUACAUCUCUCCAAGGGAAGCGUUACUUGCGUCACCAGACCUGCUGUGAAGGAAUACUCAGCCGCAACCCAUGUAAGACAGCACAAGGUCCCUACAAUGUUGCUAGCUGUGGCUCUCAGGUUUACAAUCCAGAUAUCAACAUCUGCUGUGCCGGGCAGAUUUCUCACAGGGUGCUUGGGAAAAACCUGUGCUGCGGUAAAACUCCCUAUGCUGUAGAGGACCGACGGGUGCUGUGCUGUAACCAGACGUUGCAUCGUGGGGUGGAGGCUGGGCACCAGUGCUCCCCAGGUGGCCACUUGUAUCUGCCAUCCCGUGAAAUUGUGUGUGAGUCACGCGUUCAUCUCAACAAUCCAGGCAAACACUGCUGUGGAGAAGAGACCUACAACCCUCAGGAUGAAAUCUGCUGCAAUGGACACAAACACCGCAGGUUGGGAAACAUGUCCUGCUGCGGAGGGAAGGCCUACGACACCAGCAGUGGCCAGAUGAAGUGCUGUGCAGGGACUCUGUACGACCUGCAGGUUCAGGGCAGGCUCACAGAGGAUGCCCAGUGCUGUGGGAAUAUCCUGAUGGAGGCCGGCUCCACUCAGACCUGCUGCUCUGCCCCAGGGCUAGACCUGCUCUACCCUACCCAGUCAGGGUUCACCUGCUGUGGGCACCGCUACCCCAACUCCUCCCUGUGGUCCUGCUGCGCGGGGGUUCUGCACCCAAGGUCUGAACGAAACACCACCAGCAUGAACAUGAUUCCAGGACCCAGGCUUCUACCACUGGGGGAUUUGAAGACGGAAGAUCUGUGUUACACCGAAGUUCUGCUAGGAACAGUGGAGAGUGUGUCUAUGAAGAUGAACGAGCGGUCCAUCGUGAUGGUAAACGCCAUGUCUUUGCUGGCCUCUCGUGGCAAUGUCAGCACCCUGCCUUCCCCUCUGUACCACACAUUACCCGACCACUGCAGCUCCCCUGAACUGGUGCCGGGCAACACUUACAUCUGGGUGAAAACAGGAUUCAUCUCUGAUCUCAGUGAUCAUUCCUCCCCUCUCCAUUCCAUCCUUUCCAGGUGCUGAACCUUUAUCUCGCCCAGAGGAAAGAAGCCCAACCCUCUCAACAUAAUGUGAAUUCUGGGUAUUUCCAUAGCCUAUUGCUGAGAAAUCUGGUAUGUUAACUGUUAAAGCUUAAAACUAGCAUCUUUAUAGUCUCUAAUGAGCCAAAUCUCUGGAUAAGCCAUAUUGUGUCAGUCUGGGUAGUGGUGGUGUACUGACUAGAUGUUUUGUUGGUUUAAAGAGGCAAUUGGUGCAUGCAUUUCUGGACUUUCACGUUAGUGCAUUCAGAAAGUAUUAUUAUUAUUAUUAUUAUAUUAGUGCAUUCAGAAAGUAUUCAGACCUUGACUUUUUCCACAUUUUGUUAUGUUACAGCCUCAUUUUAAAAUUGAUUGAAUAGUUUCCCCCCCUCAUCAAUCUACAGACAAUACCCCAUAAUGACAAAGCAAAAACAGUUUUUAUUUUGCAAAUGUUCAAAAAAUAUUUUAAAAACAUCACAUUUACAUAAGUAUUCAGACCCUUUACUCAGUACUUUGUUGAAUCACCUUUGGCAGCAAUUACAGCCUAGUGUCCUCUAGGAUAUGACGCUACAAGCUUGGCACACCUCAAAUCAAAUGUAUUUAUAUAGCCCUUCUUACAAACAGCAAGCAAUGCAGGUGUAGAAGCACGGUGGAGACAUACCCCAAGCGACUUACAGCUGUAAUCGCAGCAAAAGGUGGCGCAACAAAAUAUUAACUUAAGGGGGCUGAAUAAUUUUGCACGCCCAAUUUCAGUUUUUGAUUUGUUAAAAAAGUUUGAAAUAUCCAAUAAAUGUCGUUCCACUUCAUGAUUGUGUCCCACUUGUUGUUGAUUCUUCACAAAAAAAUACAGUUUUAUAUCUUUGUUUGAAAUGUGGCAAAAGGUCGCAAAGUUCAAGGGGGCCGAAUACUUUCGCAAGGCACUGUAUGUGUGUGUGUGUAUAUAUAUAUAUAUAUAUAUAUAUAUAUAUAUAUAUAUACCGAUUGAUUCUUAAAGAAUACAAUUUGUCUCAUGGGUUUAGUUCAACAGUGGGUACAUCCAUCCCUCAGCUGUUUACCAAAGACAGUGGCAGGGUGUACCUGCAGAUUUGUUGCCUGAACAUUUGUUUGAACAACAGAGUGCCCCUUUAAUGGUGCUAUGUUAAUAAAAAUAUUUUCUUAGAGUACCACAGUAUGAGUCAUUAUACCCAUAAAAGUGAUUUUAAAAACACUUCAAAUAAGGGCUAUGUUUUGUGAAGGCUUACCAUGGCAUCAGUUUUUGAUAACUGCCGAAUCGAGGAAAAGCUAAGAAUUUCUGCAUUAACCAUCUGUUAACUAAAUUUAGUAAGGAAUAAAUUGGCAAAAUAUCCUUAAGUUGACAAUUCUGUGAACUGUCUUGGACAUGUUUGAAAUUUACACAAUACCUGUUAGCAAAGGUAUCGUCUAAAGAUGACGUGCAGGAGCUUGCAAGGAUUUGUAGUCUUGAUGAUCUACUUUGAUGCUAAUUAUCAUUUUCAAAAGCUGAGAAUAAAUAUAACCGAAUAUAUUGAUAAGUCACCUUGUCCAAGAGAGAUUUACACGGUUAAUACAAUUUCACGCCCGGAUAAGCCUACACAAAACACAGCCCUUAUUUGAAGUGUUUCUAAAAUCCCCUAUCGGAAUAAUAAAUGGUGGAAAAACGAUUGGAACCAUUUCCCUGUUUGACCACUAGGUUUUCUGGGUAUAUGACUCAUCCACUGUGGGACUCUAUGGCUAUUCCCUCCAAAUCCAUACUGAAGCCAUUUCUUCACUGAAUGUUAACGCUUCGUUCAAUGUGACACUAUCAUCGUAGGAGUAAACAUGUCUGUGAAGUGAUUGCACCAUGUUGUGAAACAUCAGGAAAUAAAGCCUAAAUUUAAGCAAG